AUGGUGAGAUCUCCAUGCUAUGAAAAAUUCAAUGCCAAAAGGGGUGUAUGGACUCCAGAAGAAGAUCCAAAAAUGCUUUCAUUUGUCUCCAAGCAUGGAUCUAGUAAUUGGACUUCUGUCCCCAUAAAAGCAGGGCUCAAGAGGUGUGGAAAGAGUUGCAGGAUUAGGUGGAGUAAUAACCUCAAGCUUGACCUUAAGCAUGACAAUUUCACAACCCAAGAAGAAGAUCUAAUCAUUAAGCUUCACGCAGCCAUAGGUAGCAGGUGGUCUAUAAUAGCCCAACAAAUUCCUGGGAAAACAGACAAUGAUGUAAAGAACUAUUGGAACACAAAGCUGAAAAAAAAACUGUCUCAAAUGGGGAUAGACCCUGUUACCCACAAGCCUUUCUCUAAACUCAUUGCUGAUUAUGGAAACAUAGGAGAGUGCCAGAAACCAAGUACCCGAAUUGGGUCUGUCAAUAAAGACUUCAAGAAUGCAAUGAUCUUAAAAUCAGAGCCACAUCAAGCCUUGCCACAAGGAUUUGGAAAUUUCCUUGACCAACCAAAGCAACUAUUAACAUCACCUCCUAAAGAAGAAAUCCUUGGAAGUAACUUUUUAUUUAAUAGAAAUCAUAAUGAUAUUGAUAACUUCCCAACUCAGCUUCCUCAUCUCCAAGCCAUACCAAUAGUGACAAGUGCCUCAAAUGGCAUAGACUUUGAAAAUGAGACCAUCCUAACAUCUUUAUUAGGGGAAGGUUGCUUGUCAAAAACUUCAUCACCAUCUACUUCUACUUGUUUCACUUCAGGUCAAGAAGAAUUACCUGUGCCCUUUAGUUGGAAUGAUUUUCUUCUAGAAGAUGCUUUUAUACCACCUAGUGAUAACCAAGAAGAAGAAAUGGUGAGUCAAGUGGAGAAUGUGAUGAGACAAAGUUGGAAUAUGAAAGAGGUCCUGUCACAACAAGCCUCUACCAGUGAUGUCCAUUUUUCAUCAUCCUCUAAUAUUUCAUUCGUAGAAGCCAUGCUUGAUCAAGAAAAUGAGAUGUUUUUAAGUUUUCCUCACCUCAUGGAAGAACCAUCUAAUUAUUAA